AUGGCGUGUAGACAUAGGAACACACAAGUUGCCCAACACUUGUUGGGCGCUAUUGAAAGCCUUGAUCGACAAGCGUUUCUCGAAGCCAGGGGAGAAGACGGAUUCACACCACUGUAUGCUGCAUGUGCACGUGGAUUUGAGCCGGUCGUUCAGUUUUUAUUGAACGAAGGUUCCAAUUUGGAGGCAAAGGACGAAACGAUUGGGCUCACCCCUUUGAUCGCCGCGUCGGCUGCCGGUGAAUUGCAGGUGGUACUGUUGUUGCUUCGCCGUGGUGCAGAUAUUGAAGCAAUGGACAAUGACCAUAUGACAUCGCUUCACUACGCAUCGUUCCAAGGGCAUCAUGAGGUUGUUACAUUCAUGUUGGAUUGGGUGGAACGUGAAGGGCUCGAUCGAAAUGCUAUUGUAGAGGCAAUGGAUCGGUUUGGGAAAACCCCAUUGUGUUGGGCAUGCGAAGCAGGACAUUUGGAGGUUGCAGAAGUAUUGUUGGAUGCUGGAGCCAACGCGAAAGCAGCUGACGACCACGGUUUCACCCUCUUACACCUUGCGUCGUUGAAUGGUCAUUAA